AUGCCCUCAGACUUUCUGACCCCCUUCUUGGACCUGGAUGAGGAGUUCUACAAGACCUUCCGUGGCUCAGAGGUACCAGAUGGUGCGUCCACCGGCUCAGUCAGUCCCAGGGUCCUGGGGUUCCAGCGUCGCCAUUCUUUGUCCCCCGUGACCCUCCCCAAUUCCAAGUUCAACAGCAGCUCUGAUGUGUCCGACUGCUCCUGGGGGCUGGACGUGCCCCCCCCCCAGCAGUGGACCAGGCAGGGUCAGCUCCCCCGCUCCUGCCUCAGCCACAUCCCCUUCAGAGUGGACCGCUCCGUCAGCAUGAUCGAGGGCGGCGUCAGCGCUUUGGGGGGCGGAGAAGACCAGGUCCCCCACCCGUCCCCGUCACUGCUGCUGCCUCCACCACCGGGCCUCUGCCUCAGCAACAUCUCCCUGUCGUCCAUCACCAGACCGCUGGCCCCCUCACCUCACAUUUCCACCCGCUAUAAGACUGAGCUGUGUCGCACAUAUGACGAGAGCGGCACCUGUAAAUACGGCGCCAAGUGCCAGUUCGCCCACGGUUUGGAUGAGCUGCGAGGCCUCAGCAGGCAUCCCAAGUACAAGACGGAGCCGUGUCGCACCUUCCACACCAUCGGCUUCUGCCCAUAUGGAGCUCGCUGCCACUUCAUCCACAAUGCUGAUGAGUUGCUGCCCCCCGGCACCGGAACCGGCACCGGAGCUGCUCCGCCUCAGCAGCAGAAGCUCCGGCCUCCCCUGCUGCGUCACAGCAUCAGCUUUGCAGGUUUCUCCACACCUCUACAAACGUUCCGACCAGUGGAGGAGGUGCAGCCGUCAUCGGUCCUCCUGACCCGGGCCUCCUCAGUGUCCCCCUCCACCUCCUCCGGAAGCCCUGAACUCCUGUCCCCCCUCCUGCCUGAACCGGGGCCUCUCAAACACUGCCCCUACCUCUUCUCUGGAGUGGCCGACCUGGUGGGAAGCACCACCGACUCAACACUUCACUUCUACGCACUGUCUGAUCCUGCGACCACCGGGCGUCCAGCCUCCACUUUCAACCCUAAAAGCCAUCCCGGUCACAUGACCCAGCAGCUGCCGGUCCCACUGAGCACGCUCACCGGCCUCCACCGCUGCUCCUCAGCCGACUCCCUCUCUGAGGAAGGCUACACCUCCUCCUGUUCCCUCAGCUCCUGCUCCAGCGGCGUGGAGUCACCGAGCUUCGAGGGUCGACGCCUGCCCAUCUUCAGCCGUUUGUCGAUUACAGACGAGUAGAGACGUGUUUUACAGUCAGGAUGGAUCUGAUCAGGGAAGUUUCAAGUGU